CUGGCCAGGCAUCUGCAGGAGAGAGAAUCAACCUCUGCAACAGGCUGCGGGCGGAAGGCGGAGCCCGGGGAAGCUACUGCUUCGCUGAGAGGCCCAACAGACCCUGCAGAGGCCCCCUGCCUCGCUGGCUCCGCCCCCUCCACCUCUGGCGAUAGAAAUUCGCCUCUGCGUCUGCGGCUGCCCACUGCGCUCAGACAGGUCCUACCGUGGACGGAGCACCCAGACUGCGCUGACCCUUCUACCUGUGCUAGGUGCCAAUGGCUGACGGACUCUUUCAGCGCAAGCCCUGGGGCGCGGAGCAGAUGCGCUCCGACUCAGACCCUGAGUCGGAGGGCCUAUUUGACAAGCCUCCUCCGGAAGAGCCCUGCGUGCCCAAGUCGGGGUCGGCCGCUGGCAAAGGAGCUGGUCGGCGCGCAGGCGGAAAGGCGCAGGGAGCCCGCACUGGGCAGCCCCCGAAGGCCGCUGCGAGCACCCCUCCCGAAGAGGAGACGACUCCACUGGACGAGGGCUGCUAUCUCGACCAUUUUCCGCACCUCUCCAUCUUUAUCUACGCGGCCAUCGCCUUCUCCAUCACCUCCUGCAUCUUUACCUAUAUCCAUUUACAGCUUGUCUGAGUGGCCAGGGCAGGGCGGGGUGGGCGCAGGGCUGACGUGGGAGGGAGGAUAAAAGAAGGGUUUAGUAUUUUUGGUUUUGAAAUGCACUGCACCCCCCCUUCGCCUAACUUUUGAUGCUGUAUCUUUCCAUGUUGAUGCUUUUUGUCUAAUUGUCCAUCUGUUAAAAGGUUCAAAGUACUGUAUCUGCCGGAAAUUAAAUAACUGCUUUUCGCACCUGCCGGUGGGGACCGGGACACAGACUUAAUGUUUAGAAAUCCGUAGUGCGUUUGAAUCCAUUUGUAAUUAGGGUUAUGUCUCUGUGCGCUUACUUCGUGAUGUGGGGACACGAGCAGCAGAGAGCCCAGCAUUUUGUAUUUGGGGAGCGCAGAGCAAGCCUGACCUUCUGUUCCUUAAGGGAUGAGCCAGGUCUGGACCUCCGACCUUCCCCAGCGGGUAAGGUCGUGCUCUGGGCCCAAAUGGGCUGGAGCCCUGGGAUGCUGCAUUGCCCCCAGGAGGAGCUGGCUGUGCUCGGAGGACCUGGUCACUCAGCGGGCUCUGCUGGAGCUGGGUCAGGCUUUGCUAUCGCUGCCAGAUGGAGGCAAGACCAGUACAGAAGAGCUGUCCUACCAAAAAGCCAUGCCCAGGACGUGUCCUGACCUCGUGGGACUUUCGGCUGCAGACCUCUGGAACACAGGCCAAGCUCCUGUGCUCCGCUGGAUGAGACUGGGGCCCUGGCUGGGGAGGGCGGUACCUAGAGACUCUGGAGGGCUUCAUUCUGGGGCGGAGCCCUUCUGGAGCUAUGAGAACCAAAAUGAAGGGGUUGGGGGAUGUCAAUAACAAGAGUUGCUGCUGGGGUUUGCCAUCUCCAAUGCAAAAGGCCUAAUACCAGAACCCACCUUGGCAGGUUAUUCUACUCAUCUGCCUUCUUUGUUUCUUCAAGAAUGUCAAAUGUCCAAAUGUGGCGCUUUAAUACUGCAUAUAUACCUAUGGAAAUGUCUGUAAUUGUGUUAUCUCUAAUGGAGUAAAGUACCUUUUACGUCUCCUCUG